UCGCGGGGCUCGGGAGGCGCCGGAAGCACCACGAUCCGCGCCAUGGUGCGGGCGGGGAACGCCGACCCGGGGGUCCCGAGGCAGCGGGCCGUGGGCGUGGCGCCAGGGUGCGCGCUUUGGCGCUGGGCCCUGGCGCUGCUGUGGCUGGCGACAGCCGCGGCCGGCCCCUCCCGGCGCCAGUGGCCUGUGCCCUACAAACGUUUUUCCUUCCGUCCAGAACCAGAUCCUUAUUGUCAAGCUAAAUACACGUUUUGUCCAACUGGCUCACCUGUCCCAGUUAUGAAAGGUGAUGAUAUCAUUGAAGUCUUUCGGUUACAAGCCCCAGUAUGGGAAUUUAAAUACGGGAACCUCCUGGGACACUUGAAAAUUAUGCAUGAUGCCAUUGGAUUCAGAAGCACUUUAACUGGCAAGAACUUCACAAUGGAAUGGUAUGAACUUUUCCAACUUGGAAACUGUACAUUUCCCCAUCUCCGACCUGAAAUGAAUGCCCCUUUCUGGUGUAAUCAAGGAGCUGCCUGCUUUUUUGAAGGAAUUGAUGAUAUUCACUGGAAGGAAAAUGGGACGUUAGUUCUAGUAGCAACCAUAUCAGGAAACACAUUUAACGAAAUGGCAAAGUGGGUAAAGCAGGACAAUGAAACAGGGAUUUAUUAUGAGACAUGGACUGUGCAAGCCAGCCCAGAAAGAGGGGCAGAGACAUGGUUUGAAUCCUACGACUGUUCUAAAUUUGUGUUAAGGACAUAUAAGAAGUUGGCUGAACUUGGAGCAGAAUUCAAGAAGAUAGAAACCAACUAUACAAGAAUAUUCCUUUACAGUGGCGAACCUACCUAUCUGGGAAAUGAAACAUCUGUUUUUGGGCCAACAGGAAAUAAGACUCUUGCUUUAGCCAUAAAAAAAUUUUAUUACCCCUUCAAACCACAUUCGUCAACUAAGGAAUUUCUGUUCAGUAUCUUGCAAAUUUUUGAUGCAGUGAUUGUACACAGAGAGUUCUAUUUGUUUUAUAAUUUUGAAUAUUGGCUUUUACCUAUGAAAUUCCCUUUUAUUAAAAUAACUUAUGAAGAAAUCCCUUUACCUAAAAGAAACAAAACACACUCUGGUUUAUAAAAUUUUUAUUCUACUGCUCUUUUUUUCUGUCACCAGCAUAUGUGUUUUUCAAGGGGUGAUUACAUUUGUGGAUUUCUUAGGCUUUUCUGUCUUGGAGCAGAAAUGCACCUGGGCCGAACGGCCACCUGUCAUCUCAGGACUGUUCUUCGAGAGAAGCUGAAACACUGCAUUGGCCAAAGUGAGCACGUUAGGUGACCCUGAUUUCAAACUCCAAGCCUCUGUUAAUAAGAAUUAUAAUUCGUAUCAGAUAUGUAGGAUCUUUGGGCCCUGUAUUUUUUUAAAUAGUGGAUAUGGUGUGCCAAGAUUUUUUAAAUACCCUCCGUGACAUUCAUGAUGGGAGGUACUUUUUUCUGGUAUGGUAGUUAAUACUUUUUCAUUAUUUUUUGGUGGUUUAGACUGACUUGACAGCUUUUAUAACUUUGGGGACCAGGUCUAGUAGUUUGGUUUUGUUCUAUUCACUUAAAGACCAAUUUGGACAGCCUAGUUGCAGCAUUUGUGCUUCUGGAUGAGGUACAAACAGUGUUGAAGAGCACAAGUUUCCAGCUAGCAUUUUAGAAUUAGCUAGUAACUGGCAUUUUGUGAUUUAGGCAGAUGAGCAUUUCUGAACCUUAGUGUCCUUAUCUCUGAGAUGAGUCGUCUUGUCAGGAUUGUUGUAAAGGUUGAAGCCAUGUAUGUUUGUCAUAGGAAAGUUUAAAUGGUCGCUAUAAUGAUGAGUCGAAGAACAAAGUGCCAUCUUUGACUUGGCCUAAUAUAGUUUACAUGCCAACCUUUCGUGGGUUUUAUGGUGAUACCCUAGACUUUGAGCUGGCAGUUGAAUGCGUCUGCAGUUCUUCAAACCCAGGGGACAGAGAAGUAUCUGACUGCAGAUGCACCUGGGUGAGCAGGCACCCCCUGGCUCCCCUACUCCUCUGGUAGUCCUUCCACCCAGUAGAGAUGCCAGCUCAGUAGAAGAGGGUACACUUCUCAGACAGGGGACAGGUUUUUGUCAAGAUCUCCAAGUAGCUGUGCUUCCAUUUAGGGCCAUCAAACAAGGUUUCAAACCUUAAGUUGGAUGAUCAACUGAAAAUUGUCUGUUCAUAGAAAAAACACGAGUCAGUAAGUUGGUGAAGCAGAGACAGACAAUCUGUUUAAUACAUAAAUUAUGUUAUUUAGUUUCUACUAACAGUUGAGUGCCUCUUGAGAAGUUAGAUACAUUAUCAUUGAGUUCUCUUAAUCCAGAUGAUGAAAUUGGGGCUUAGAAGGUUGAAUGACCCUUCCCUGGCUACCCAGCUAAUGGUAACGGAGCCACAUUUGAACCAGUUCUGUUGACUGCAUGGCAAACAUUAUGAAGUGAGAUUUAGUUGUUUUCCUCAGACCAGUGCCCGUACCACAGGUUACCAACACUAGGUUACUAGUCAACUAGAUACUGAAACAUUAUUUUAAGUCAACUUACUGGAGUAAUUUUGU